AUGAGGAAAAUCACUAAAUCAACAAUUAUAGGCAUCAAAAGGAAACCAAGUGAUGAAAAUAAAGAAAAUCAAUUGGGCAACUCAUCAUCAAGGAAUAAUUCUGCUCAAGGAAAACAACAGCCUUCGGCAAGAAAUCCUUCCCGCAUUCCUCUAGGAGGAUGUUUGUCGCAAAACAUCACACCCUUGAGUAACAUGACUAACGCAAAUAAUUUUUGCAAAUCAUCAUUAAUGACUAAUGCUGGUCAAGGGAAAGAGCAACAUACGCCAAAUAAUCGAACCCAAAAUCCGUUGGGAUGUGGUUUGUCCCCAGAUAUCACACCAUUCAGUAACAUCAGUAAUGCAAAUCAUUUCGGUUGCUCAUCUUUUACGAAUAAUGCUGCUCAAGAUCAAGACCAACGGACGACAGCUACUCCUUACACUAAUCCCCAGCGAGGAUGUUUGUCUGAAAAUAUCACACCAUUGAGUAACAUCACUACCGUACGGCAGUGCAAUACACAAAUAGGUCCAAGCAAUUGCCAGAAAUUUUUUAUUGUAGAUAAACAAAAUCCGGGUUCGACGAUAACACAAGAUGAAUUGGCAAUUCGUAAACCAUUAGAUAAAUAUGCAAUUGUCGAAGACCAUGUAACAACCAGAGACUUGCUACCUGCCUUUGAAGAUGAAAGUAACAAUACAAUGAGCGAUGUCCCAAAUCAGAACAUAGAUGAUGCAAAUAUAUCGGGUAACGCUGUUAGGCAGACCUCGGAAAUUGGGACAUCCUCUGGUCCACAACAUGGUCAAUACUGCGAUUUUGGUGAUGCAACGAAUCAGUGCGUCCAUUGUGGGGCUCUGUUUUGGUUUGAAGAAAGGAAGAAGAAUUUGUCAACAAAAGCAUCGCCACUGUUUAUGUUGUGUUGCAACAAUGGGAAGAUCAAAUUGCCGGAUAAUAAGUUGCCACCAAAAGGUAUAUUUGAUCUCUUUUUCGGCAAUGACGAAAUAUCAAAAGAGUUUUUACACAACAUUAGGACCUACAACAACAUGUUCUGCUUCACAUCCAUGGGUGGAAAAAUUGACAAGAACGUGAACAAGGGGGGAGCACCUCCAAUUUUUCGAUUAAGUGGUCAAAACUACCACCUAAUGGGCACUUUACUUCCAGAACAAGGCAAAGAACCUCAUUUUGCCCAGUUAUACAUAUACGACACGACAAAUGAAAGGAACAACCGUAUAAAUGCUGUGAGGGGUAGUGGUGACCAAGAUGACAUUCAUGUAGAAAUAGUGAAUGUCAUUCAGAAAGACCUGGAUGAAAAUAAUGUCUUGGUUAAGUCUUUUCGCAUGGCUAUAGAUGCGAGGACAUAUAAUCUGCCUCAAGUUUCUGAAGUAGUAGCUUUAAUUGUUGGAGAUCUGGAUACAAGUAUUGGAGAGCGUGAUAUUAUUGUUCAAUCGAAGGGUGGCCACCUACAGAGGAUUACUGAAUUAAAUCCUUCAUACUUACCACUGCAAUACCCUAUUUUGUUUCCAUAUGGCGAAGAUGGUUAUCGGGAGGACAUUGCAUUCGCCGACGUAGUAGGCUGGCGCUCUUCUGGUGGUAGACAGAGGAUUAGCCCCAGGGAGUUUUUUUGCUACCGCAUACAAUCUAGACAGUCAGCUCCGAGUACCAUAUUAUUUGCCAAACGGUUGUUCCAACAGUUCGUUGUAGAUGGCUACACAAUGGUUGAGUCUGGAAGACUAAUUUAUAUAAGGACACACCAAAAAAGCCUAAGGUGUGAGAGUUAUAGUGGAUUGACUGAUGCUUUGACGAGGGGUGAAAUAAGUCCUGCAGCCCAAGGUCGUAGAAUAAUACUACCUUCGAGUUUUACGGGUGGUGCUAGAUACAUGAUACAAAACUACCAAGAUGCAAUGGCAAUAUGUAGAUGGAUUGGAUACCCAGAUUUAUUUAUAACUUUUACAUGCAAUCCGAAGUGGCCUGAGGUGCAACGCUUUUUAAAAGAUCAAAGGUUGAAGCCAGAAGACCGGCCGGACAUAAUUUGCCGCUUAUUCAAGAUUAAGUUGGAUGCUUUGAUAGCUGACUGUCGAAAGAAUCAACUAUUUGGCCCUGUGGCUGGAGUCAUAUAUACAAUUGAGUUUCAAAAGCGAGGUCUUCCGCAUGCUCAUAUAUUACUUUUUAUGGAGAAAAGUAAAGAAGUUAGGCAAGUUCUCACUCUAGACAACAUAAUUUCCGCAGAGAUUCCGGAUGAAAAGAAAGAUGCUGAGUAUUACCAAGCGAUAGAGGAAUUUAUGAUGCAUGGUCCAUGUGGAAAAGCGAGGACAAAUUCUCCAUGCAUGGUAAAUGCGCGAUGCUCUAAACAUUUUCCUAAGAGAUUUGUUGAUAGUUCUACGUUUGAUGACGAUGGUUACCCGGUAUAUAGAAGGAGAGACAAUGGCAGUGUAGUUACAAAGAACGGUAUCGCCUUGGACAACAGGUAUGUGGUACCGCACAAUAGAUAUUUAUUACUCAAGUACAAGGCUCAUAUAAAUGUCGAGUGGUGCAACCAAUCAAGGUCAAUCAAGUACCUGUUCAAGUAUGUUAACAAGGGUCAUGAUCGAGUAACAGCCGAAUUUUACAAAACAGGCAAUGAUGACGAGAAUGGCAAAGCAGUAGAUGAGAUAAAUAUGUACUAUGACUGUAGGUACAUAUCCCCGUGUGAAGCGGUCUGGCGUCUGUUUGGUUUUGAUAUACAACUUCGUGCGCCUUCGGUAGAGAGGUUAAGCUUUCACCUACCUAAUCAACAGAGUGUGAUAUUUGCAGAUGAUGAUGCGGUUGAGAACAUUGUGAAUAGACCUACGAUAGCACAGAGCAUGUUUUUAGAAUGGUUUGAAGCUAAUAAAACAUACCCCGGUGCCAGAGAGCUUACUUAUGUUGAGAUGCCAACAAGAUUCGUUUGGAAGAAAGACCUUAGAAAAUGGCAGCCACGAAAGAAAGGGUUCUCCAUAGGACGUAUAUUCUAUGUCCCACCAGCUACUGGUGAAAUCUUCUAUUUGAGGUGUUUGCUCAACAAAGUCCGCGGCCCUAAAAGUUACGAAGAUAUUAGGACUGUAAAUGGAGUACAAUAUGACUCAUUCCGAGAUGCGUGUUAUGCAAGAGGUUUAGUUGAUGAUGACAACGAAUAUGUUGAUGCAAUAGAUGAAGCCAGUUAUUGGGCGUCAGCGGAACAAUUGAGGAGAUUGUUUGUGACAUUACUAAUGAGCAGUUGCAUGGGGAAACCGGAAAUAGUUUGGCACGCCGUUUGGCAACAUCUAUCAGACGAUGCCCAAUUCAAUAUCCGUACACAACUGCAGAACAGAGUUCAGAUUGAAAAGCUAUUAUCUAAUCAUGGUAAGAGUUUGAAGGACUAUCCUGAGAUGCCAACGACCAAUUUUGGUGCGUUAAACAUUAUUGCAAAUAGAUUGAUUCAAGAAGAAUUAUCAUACGAUCGUGGAGAACAAGAGAAAGAGAAUCAAGAAUUGGUAAGGCAGUUAACAGACGAACAAAGGGCAAUAUACAAUGAAGUGUUAACUGACGUCGAUUGCCAGCAAGGUGGGUUAUUCUUCGUAUCUGGUUAUGGAGGGACAGGUAAGACUUUCUUGUGGCGAGCACUUUCUUCCGCAUUAAGGUCUAAGAGUCAAAUAGUUUUAAAUGUUGCUUCUAGCGGCAUAGCUUCGCUGUUAUUACCUGGUGGUCGUACGGCGCAUUCCAGAUUUGCUAUACCGAUAUCUGUUAAUGAAGAUUCCACGUGCAACAUAAGGAACGGCAGUGAACUGGCGGAACUUCUUGUGCAAACAAAGCUGAUAAUAUGGGACGAAGCCCCAAUGAUGCAUAAAUUCUGCUUUGAAGCUUUGGAUCGAACUAUGCGGGAUUUGAUGCGCUUCGUAAAUCCAAGGAGUUCUGAUAUGACAUUCGGUGACAAAACAGUUGUUUUGGGUGGCGAUUUCAGGCAAAUUUUACCAGUCAUUCCCAAGGGUACUAGACCGGAUAUAGUUCGUGCGAGCAUUAUCUCAUCCUAUCUAUGGCAAUCCUGUAAAGUCUUGAGGCUGACUAAGAAUCUACGCUUGAAAAGUGUUCAAUCAGAAUCCGAGUGCAAGGAGAUCGAGGAAUUUGCUAAAUGGAUAGCUAAUAUAGGUGACGGAAUGAUUGGGUGUCAACUGGAUGGGGAGUCAGAGAUUACUAUUCCAGAAGAUUUGUUGUUAAAGUGCGAAGAUGACCCUAUUGCUACAAUUGUUGAUAGCACUUUCCCCAAUUUCCGACUGGGACUUGCCGAUUUGUCAUAUCUUAAUCAUAGUGCAAUUUUAGCUCCAACAUUGGAUGUGGUAGAUGCCGUUAACCAAUACAUGAAUGACCAUAAUCCCGCUGAGAGUAAGACAUACCUGAGUUGUGAUUCUGUGUGUAAGUCAGAUGCCAAUGUGGACAUGUUAGCGGAUUUGCACACUCCGGAAUUCUUGAAUGCAUUGAGAUGUUCUGGAGUCCCAAAUCAUGCGUUGACAUUGAAAGUUGGAUCACCUGUUAUGCUGUUGCGAAAUAUUGAUCACACAUUAGGAUUAUGCAACGGUACAAGGUUGAUUGUUACAAGGUUGGCUGACCAUGUGUUGGAAGGCCAAAUCAUGUGCGGUAGAGUCUCUUAA